UUGUUCAGUGGGAACGGGACAGUAGAGAGACAGACAGCACAGAAGCUCACAGUAGCAACACUGAGCGCUUUAUACCGCAAUUCCUCCCACAGUAUUUACUGUUCAUACUAUAGUAGCUACUUAUAGGGAUAUCAUUAGGCUAUUUGUUAUGCAUUAUUAAUAGUGCGUAAAGACAUGAGCACCAGAAACAGAUCCCCACCGGACUGAUCAAUAACACACAUCCUCUUUCAUCAGGACCACCGGUUUUAAACCUGGACGCGCGUUUACAUCCCUAAACAAGUGGAUUUUAUUCUCUAUCCUGCAUUUGCAGACACAGUCGGAUGCGUUGAAUCGCUGCGUGAAGUGCAGAGCAUCAGCGUCAGUGGACUUCUUCCUCCUCCUCGGUCUCUGGAUCCGGACACAAUGGAUCUGACAGCGGUCGCGCUGCUCGUGUCGUUCAUCUCCGUGUCUCUGUCCGCGGAUAACGCGGGCGGCAAAGUGCGGAGCUGCGCGGACGUGCGCCAGUUCUACAGCGGCAAAGGCUUCACGUUAAGCGGCGUCCCUGAGUCCGAGAUAUCAGGCGAGCAUCUCCACAUCUGCCCAAAAGGUUACACCUGCUGCACCAGUGCCAUGGAGGAAACACUGUCGAACCUGAGCCGCCGGGAAUUUGAAGGGCUGGUUAGGGAAGCGGGACGUUCCAUUCAAGCCUCUCUUAAUGCCCAGUACAGGACCUUUGACACAUAUUUCCUGGAACUCCUAAAUGGCUCUGAGCGAUGGUUGGAGGAGGCCUUUGUGGCCGCUUUGGGGGAUCUGUACCGGCCCAAUGCGGGAGUGUUUCGUGACCUUUAUGCCGACCUGCGUCGAUAUUACACCGGUGCCUCCCUGAACCUCGAGGAGGUCUUGGACGAGUUCUGGAUGAGGCUCCUGGAGCGUCUUUUGAAGGCGUCUGACCCCGAGACUGCCUCCCUGCUCUCCGACGACUUCCUGGAGUGUGCCUCCAAGCAGACUGAAACCCUGCGUCCUUUUGGAGAUGCUCCACGGGAACUGAAGACCAAGCUGGUGCGGGCAUUCAUCGCUGCUCGGGCAUUCGUCCAGGGCCUUAAUGUAGCUGGAGAGAUUGUACGGAAGGUGUCUCAGGUUCCUUUGAGCCUGGAGUGUAAUCGUGCCAUUAUGAAACUGGUGUACUGCCCUCAUUGCCGUGGUCUGGGAUCAGUCAAACCUUGCAUCAAUUACUGCAAGAAUGUCAUGAAGGGCUGCCUGGCUAAUCAGGCUGACUUGGACACUGAGUGGCAGAACCUUAUAGAAACCAUGCUUCAGGUGGCCUCCAGUUUUGGUGCUGAGCCCAGUAUGGACACGGUGAUCUAUUCAAUUCCUGUGAGAAUCUCAGAGGCUGUUCUCACCAUGCAGGAGAACAUGGAGAUCUAUACCAGCAAGGUUUUCAAGGCCUGUGGGGACCGUGGUGAGGAAGGAACACCAAGUUCAAUAUCUGAGGAGCCGAAAAAGAAAGCAAGUACUGUUACUGCCCUGGAAUACAAACCCAGCCCCAAAUCUGCAGCCAGACUGGAGGUGCAGGUCACAGACGUGUCCAGUAAACUGAAAGAAAUGCAGUUUUACUGGAUCCAACUCCCCUUGGCUCUGUGCAGUGGUAAAACAGCAUCUUCAACCAACGGUGACAAAUGUUGGAAUGGCAUUACCAAAGCAAGUUACCUCCCAGAGGUCAUGGGCGACGGGCUGGCCAAUCAGAUUAAUAACCCAGAGGUGGAGAUCGACAUCACCAAGCCUGAAAGGACUAUACGUCAACAGAUCAUGCUGCUGAAGAUCAUGUCAAACCGCCUGAAAAACGCCCUCGAUGGCAAUGAUGUAGAUUUCCAAGAUACCAGUGAUGAUUUCAGUGGCUCAGGAAGUGGCGUGUGUGCAGACCACCUGUGCGUCCGAGGUAGACCUCCGGUUUUUGGUCCGAAAAUGGACAGGCCCAAACUCUACACCUAUGGCCCUGAAAACAAAAGAGUCAAAGGAUCCGGAAACCAGAUUCAGCCUUCCGUCAUCUUACUGGUUCUGUUACUCGCAACUCUAUUGCUGAGACGAUAAUGGAGACGCUAAAUCAAACUUUGGGAUCUGGGUCAGGAAAUUCGGCAUAGGACAAGGAAUGUUUCAAAAGAAAAAGAAUAGAGAAAAAUGAGAAAAGGUGAGCUUAAAUGUUGCCAAAAGAAAAAAAAAAAACCUUUUGAGUGAAUGGACAUUUUAAUUCCUCUGGAAUACGACAUGAGGAUAGGUGGAAAAGGAAUUUUGUUUCUGUGUAUUUUUAUGUUUUGUAAUAUACGUCAGAUUAAAACGCUGACUUGUUACAUCAAUUGACAUCUUGCUUUUUUACCUUUGAAUGUAAAAAGAUGAACUGGACGGGAAGAAUUCUAGUUUAGACUUACAAUACGAGGUUCUCAGCCACCUAAGCGACCUACCCACAGUUAUUUGCUCUUAAAGUCACACAGUCACCAAGUCACCUCGUGUUUCAUUUUACCACGCUUACUCAAGUUUGUCUUUACACAACUUAAAUAUUUCACAGAUUGACAUAAUUACAAAACACUACAUCAGUCUGAUCCCUUUUAGAUUACAAAAUGUAUGAACUAUGGCAUGGACAUGAAUUGAAAUACGAAAUUGCUGAAUAUCUGAGGAAUUAUGUCAUGGUGUUUUGUUUUUGUUUUUUUUAACUCUGAUACAUUGGUUUAGUCUGCAAUUAUUUUGUAUGAUACCAAGCUGCAAUAAUGUAUGAAUUUCACAAAAAAGGAUUAGGAAAUGUCAAUUUUUUUCACACCAACAUCAAAAGAAAAAAGCAAUUAUUUUGCAUAAAAGAAAAUAUAGCCUUUUUUUGCAUUAUUCAUAAUUAUUUUCUUAAUUUUAUUUUCAUACUAAACAUUUUCCAUUAAAAACAUCUAACCAUUCCAAAAAUAAGCAAUUACAAUUAUUACAAGAAUUAACAUUUUUAUUAGAUUUAGGGUUUACAUUUCAUGGAAUUCAUUUAGAUUUUAGGGAGAAGCAUCAUGAGGCAAAUUAUUUAUUUUCAGUUGUGUAAUAAUUGUCAUAAUGUAGCACAUUUUCCACCAAAAAAUACACAUGAAUACAUCAUGGUAUUUUAUAAUAAUAAUAAUUUUUAUUAUUUGAUUUAUACUGUUUUUUUUUCAUAUUGUGUCUAAAUAGGUUGCUUUUCAUUAAAAUUAGAAUUUUUAAAUUUACAUUAAUGAAAAUUAAUGAGAACUUCGUGACUUGACACAUUAGAAUGCAAAAAAAAAAAAAAAAAUUAUUUAAGCCCCCCAAAAUAGGCUUUAUUUUUAAUGCAAAUUUUUUUUCUCUGAUGUUAGUGUGAAAAAUCUCCCGGACAUGAGAUAAUCUUUUCUUGAAAUGUAAACGUAAAAUAAUAAACGUCCAAAGGACACGAAUGCACAAAAUAUUUGCUUCACUCACCUGGAUGCAAACUCUUAACUUGCAUUUGGAAACUCAUGGCUGUGUUAUUGCUCAGAGCACUGCAAAUUCAUAUUCGUAAUGUCACUUCGGGAGUACUUUCAGCACCGAUGGCAAGUUAAAUAGAAGCAUGUGUCAGCCUUGAAUGAUAUGAUUUGCCUUGAAUGGAAUGUCAUUAUAGCCAAAGCCAAUGGGAAGCAGUCAUUUACAGAAUGUGCUUUAAAAAUAAAACCUGUCACUUUUAAUAAAAGCUCGUAAGGCAUAACAACAAUUUUACGAUUUUGAUCCCAGAGCAAUGUAAUUAAUUCAAUUUGUGGCAGUGAUGUUUUAAAACACUUCCAAGGAGCUGAUUCAGAUUUACGAGCGUAAUGUUAUGAUAUUUCUGAACUUCUGAUCAGACAAAAAAAAAAAAAAACAUUCCUACAAAAUUUCUUGCACAAUAUCAACAUCUAGUCACUAAAUGUUGCAUUUAAAGGUGUCAAAUGAUCUUCAUGUUUCUGAUAUUCGUUCCUUUUUUCGAUGCACAACUAGAGCUGAAUCCACAAGGACCUGGUUUUGUCAGAUGCGAAAUGUAAAAAGUUGUGGAAUGUAAACGCAGUUGAGAAUGUACAUGAUGUAGUGUACGAUUUCUGUCACAGGAAGGUUGGUUUUUGUACUCGGUUGUCCAGUAUAAAUGAAAAGCACAUUGUAUACUCUUAGUCGAUCGCAUGACUCAAUGAAUGGACAUUGAGAAGGGCUCAAACACAAGCGAAAUGUGUUUCAUAUGACAGUGACAGACUGAGCGCACACUCAUUCGAAAGAGGCAGUGAUGUUUGUUAUGGAACAUUUGAUUUUGUUAAAUUUCAGCACUAGCAUUUUAUUUGAGGUAUGAAUUUGUAAAUUUGGUCUGUUUUACGUAAUAAACAUGCACAGUUGUUCAAACGAAA